GUAUGUAAUAAACAAAAAGAAAAAUAUAACAGUCUUGUUUCUUAAAUCACCUCAAUUUUUAGUGCCUUAUACAUCAGUUACUUUGAUGUGGACAUUAUAGCAUGACGCUUUCUGUAAAUUUAAGGUACUUUUUUUUUUACCUCUUUUCUUCCCCAAAUCAUUUAAAUAGUUAAUUUUUUUCUCUUAGUAAAGGUAGCAACCUUGGUCCGAAUUUUCUAUUGUAUUGUAGUGAGAGACAGCCUAAUUUUAUAAAGUGGGCUCCACCACGGACAUGUUUUUUCCACAAUGGAGGCUUUCUAUAAAUAAGAAUAAGCAAUGAAAAAAGAAAGAUAUGAACUAUGACCUCUUAAAAUCUUCUUACGAGAGUCCCUAAUCCUAUAGCAGCUGUUAAAUUACCUGUAAUGGCAAAUUUCGUUGCCAAAGCUCAGCUCUCUCUCCUCACCUUCUUCUCCAUCCUCCUUUUCAUCCAUGGAAGACCAGUUCUAGACCCUGUAGAUCUUAAAGCCCUCUCUAACAUCCAAAAAGACUUGGGCAUCAGAAGUCAACGUCAACUCUCCAUUGCUCCAUGUAACUUCCCCGGUGUAUACUGCGAGAGAAGGCUCUCAGAUGACAAUAACUAUGUCCUUAAGAUCACCAGGCUUAUAUUCAAAUCCCAGCAGCUCACUGGUACUCUGUCCCCAGCCAUUGGUGAGCUCUCCGAGCUCAGAGAACUCUCUCUCUCUGGAAAUAAGAUAGUUGACCAGAUACCAUCUCAGAUAGUUGACUGCCGGAAGUUGGAAAUUCUCAACCUUGGAAACAACAAGUUCUCUGGAGAGGUUCCAACCAAUUUAUCGUCGUUAAUUCGCCUUAGAGUCCUUGAUGUUUCCUCCAAUGAGCUUUCUGGUAGACUGAGUUUCUUGAAGUAUUUUCCCAACCUGGAAAAGCUUUCCAUUGCCAACAAUCUUUUCGCCGGGAAAAUCCCAGCGUCCAUUCGUUCAUUUCGCAAUCUCCGGUUCUUCAAUUUCUCUGGGAACCAGUUCCUUGAAGGCUCAGUAACACAAUUGAAAAGGGUCGAAAAAUCAGCUUCUAGCCUUCCAAAACGUUACAUAUUAGCUGAGAAUUCAACUUCUACUCCAAAAAGAAAUGCUUCUGCAGCAGCAGCAGGACCUUCUAGAGCUCAAGCUCCAUCUCCAGCGCAGUUACCCCACCACAAGCAUAAAAAAAACCGCAAAAGGAAGGUACUUGGGUGGAUUUUGGGAUUUUUGGCUGGAUGUGUGGCAGGUGGUAUUUCUGGUUUUAUCUUCUCCCUGCUAUUUAAAAUGCUUUUGGCUAUUGUGAGAGGUGUUCGUAGGGACGCUGGUCCUGCAAUCUACAGUCCUUUGAUUAAAAAGAAAGAAGACUUGGCUUUCUUGGAAAAGGAUGACGGGCUUGCUUCCAUGGAGAAGAUAGGACAAGGUGGUUGUGGAGAGGUGUACAAAGCUGAAUUGCCCGGAAGUGAUGGGAAAAUGAUUGCCAUAAAGAAAAUAGUUCAGCCACCUAAAGAAGCUGCGGAAUUGACUGAGGAAGAUAGUAAGCUUCUAACCAAAAAAAUGCGCCAAAUCCGGUCUGAGAUCGCCACCGUCGGUAAAAUCAGGCACCGGAAUCUUCUUCCUCUAUUGGCUCAUGUUUCCCGACCUGAUUGUCAUUACUUGGUCUAUGAGUUCAUGAAAAAUGGUAGCUUACAAGACACGUUAACUGCUGCAGCAGAAGGGAAGAAGGAGCUGGAUUGGGUAACUAGGCACAAAAUUGCUAUAGGAAUUGCUGCCGGACUUGAAUAUCUACACUUGAAUCAUAGCCCACGUAUAAUUCACAGGGAUCUCAAGCCAGCAAAUGUACUUCUUGAUGAUAAUCUGGAAGCUAGAAUUGCAGAUUUCGGUCUAGCAAAAGCAAUGCCGGAUGCUCAAACUCAUAUCACAACAUCUAACGUUGCUGGAACAGUGGGAUACAUAGCACCAGAGUACCACCAGACACUCAAGUUCACAGACAAGUGUGAUAUUUAUAGUUUUGGUGUGUUGCUUGGUGUUCUGGUUAUAGGAAAGCUUCCAUCUGAUGAGUUUUUCCAGCAACAGACUGAGAUUGGUUUGGUUAAGUGGAUGAGAAGUGUAAUGACUUCGGAAAAUCCUCAGAUAGCAAUUGACUCGAAGCUGAUGGGAAAUGGUUACGAGGAGCAAAUGCUCUUGGUUCUGAAGAUUGCUUGCUUUUGCACUUUGGAUAAUCCAAAGGAAAGGCCCAACAGCAAGGAUGUAAGGUGUAUGUUGUCUCAGAUUAAACAUUAAGUUAAGUCUUUUUAAUGUCUUAAAGUGAAAACUCCGUGUAAUAAAAGUAGUGAGUUUUAAUUUCAGCAGCAGCUCUAAGAGGUCUAGGUUGUAUAAUUAAUCGUCCAUAUUCUGUGGUUGCUCUAUAUUAGAGCCAGAUGAUAUACAAGUGUAGAAUGUUUACAA